CUCACGUCAGUCGUCGGUUGCCAUUUGGGAGGAAUGUUAUUUUCGCAUUGUGUUCUAAAUUAAUAACAAAAUGAAGAAUUUCCCUGUGUUCGUGUUUCCCGUUUCUCUAGAGUUUUAUCUGAGUGCUCGUCAUACACACAAACAGUUGUUGACUGUUUACAAUCCGUACGAUUUUUCUGUAAAUUUUAAAGUGUUAUGUACUGCUCCGAAUAAGUUCACAGUGAUCGAUCCUGAAGGUUUGAUACCUCCUCAAAGCUGCAUUGAUAUUGUUGUGCGCUACACACAACCAUCUGUUUUGCAUUGCAACACGACAGAGAAGUUUAGAAUAACUAUGUACGACAGAAAUACCCAGCAGGCACUGGGCAAGAGGGAUAUUCCAACAAAACUAUUAGAAGGUGAACCCGUAAACCCCAACCUAGAGAGCUUAGGAGACAGUUUCCACCCGCUAUCUUCGAGAGUGACUCCUCAGAAGCAGGUGGAGGAACAUAUGCAUGUCAAAUGCAACCAUCCUCAUCACAGAGAGCAUCAGCCGGUGAAUGUAGUGGCAGUGGCAGUGAGCAUAUGCUGCAUUGCUGCCCUCCUACUUCCCACCCAGCCAGAAACAGUAGUCGAGUCACAGUUCCCAGAGUGGCUCCACAUCGGAUCUAACCUCAAACUAGUGUUCUCUUUCGUCUUAGGGCUUGUCAGUAUGCUAGUUUUACGACCAUAAGACCUAUAUUUUAGAACUAAAUUCCUGUGUAUACUUGUUUUUGAGCCAUUUUGAAAUCCUGCAUGUACAAACUUGAAUUGAACAAACAGGGAUUGUUUUAUUUGUUAUUUAAUUGCACAUUUUGCAAAUUCUGUAUUGCAAAUUAUUGCAACUUACAAUGUACAUUAUAAAUGAUUUGAAGGGGUAAUAAUCCAUUACAUAAAUGUAUUGGUCUGUAAAUAAUACAUGUACAUUAAAUAAAUAAAAAACACUUCAAUUUUAUUACAAGUCAGGUAUGGACUGCAAAAUUAAGCAAAUUAAUAAUGAUGUCUAUAUAAAGAAUGCUCCAAAUCUCUAAAUACUUCUGAAACAUAUACCAAAAUCUAUAUUCAUAAGACUCAAUAUAAUCUUAUCCCUAAAAUUCAUAUAUGUAUUUGAUUGUGAUUUAUGUUAAUUUGUGCAGCUCAUGACUAUGUUUUCAAGGUAUUUAUACCUGGAUAUAUUUCUUUUCUAUUGGUGCAAUGCUGAUAUUAUUUUAUUUUAAACUUGACAUAAUCUACUUUAAAUUGGUAUAAGGUGCUAAAUCUGUAAAAUAUGUGUGAUAUUAUUUUUUACUUUAAGAAUCUUUUAAUUGGUUAUAAAUUUAUGAAAAUACAAAGUGAGUCACCUCCUACUAAAUAUAAUGUCAUUUAAACUCUGAAGAAUAUUUUGCAUUUAUUUCUAAAUAAUAAAUAGGAGUUCAUUCAUAUCAAUUUUUAUUAAAAACGCUUUGUAUUUACAGUAAAAUACAUUUUGAUUUAGGUUUGAUUCAAACCAUACAGAACUUGUUCUAAUUGAAUCUAAUUGGCUUAAAAUUUUUGACAAAAAUAUAACCAUUUUAAAAUUCAACAUUGUGUAGCUGAAUGCUAUUCCUAUAGUUAAUAUUUUAUUUCUUUUAAACUGUAAUUAAUAUAGAUACUGUACAUACGUAAAUUAUAUUGUAUAUUGUCAGUGUUUAUGUAAACAGUGUUUGUGUUUGUUCGUGGUACAGUCGAGUUCACAAACAC